AUGGCACUCGGCAUUAGAGAGCAAGUCCCAAUCAUGCCUAAAACCAAUGACGACAAUCCUCGUUUAUACAGCGAUGUCAAUCAAGACGAACUACAAGCCAAGAGCUCGAAAUACCUUCUCAACUAUGGGACCAAGUUCAACAAGGAUGUGAUAUGCGGCAGCAAAGGUUUAUACGUGUAUACAGCCUCAGGACAUAAAGUGCUCGACUUCACAUCCGGGCAAAUGUCAUGUCUGCUGGGCCACGGGCACCCAGAGAUUGUAAAGACGAUCGCAGACCAUGCCGCAUCUCUGGACCACCUGUUCUCCGGUAUGGUCUCACCACCGGUGAUCAGUCUAGGCGAACGACUCUGCAAUCUUCUUCCCGCCGGGCUCGACAAGGCAUUCUUCCUGUCCACUGGGGGAGAAAGCAACGAGGCCGCCAUCAAAAUGGUCAAGGUGUACACAGGCAAAUUCGAAGUAGUCGGAUUAGGCGCCAGCUGGCACGGCGUGACUGCGCAAGCGCUAGGUGCCCAAUAUCACUUCGGUCGCAAGGGCCAGGGACCGCUAAUGCCGGGCAUGUUGAUGCUCCCACCCCCCAACGCAUACCGGUCUAUCUUUCGCCGACCAGACGGAUCAUACGACUGGGAAGCCGAGAUGGAGUAUGGCUGGCGUAUGAUUGACAUGCAGUCAUGCGGCUCGUUGGCCGCCUGUAUAGUGGAAUGCAUCCAGUCGUCUGGAGGAAUGCACGUCCUUCCACCUGGCUAUCUUGCUGCUCUCAAAAGGGAGUGCGAAAAGCGCGGAAUGCUUUUGAUUGUCGACGAGGCGCAAACGGGUGUCGGUCGCUGCGGAGACCUGAUGGCUAUCAAUCAUGAAAAUGUCGUGCCUGAUAUUCUGACACUCAGCAAAACGCUUGGCAAUGGAUUACCGCUCAGUGCGGUUGUAACGAAUGCGGAAAUCGAGCGCGUGUGCGCUGAAAGAGACUAUUGCUUUUACACGACCCAUGUGAACGAUCCACUUCCCGCUGCUGUUGGCGACAAAGUGCUUGAGAUUGUGGUUCGCGAUGGGCUAGUUGCUCACUCGCGUGCGAUGGGCAAAAUCCUCCAUAACAAAUUAAACGCCUUGAAAGAAAAGUAUGGUUGUAUUGGCGACGUGCGUGGGCGUGGUCUCAUGGCUGGCAUUGAGAUUGUUGAGAAUCGCGAAACCAAGACCCCUGCGUUGGCUUUGGGCAAGGAAAUUGGUGAUCGGGCCUAUGAAUUAGGCUUGUGGGCCAAUCUCAGUAGCCAUCCCAGCUUUGGGGGUGCCUUUCGCAUUGCCCCGCCAAUCACUAUUACGGAGCACGAGCUACGGAGUGGCUUGUUAAUAUUGGAAGAGGCUUUUGCGACGACGCCUGGUACGAUGGCUAAGUGA